GGGUGCUUAGAAAUUGAAAGUGAAGAUUAGAUUCUUGGCUGCAUUUUUCAAGUAAUUCACUGAAGUGUUAGAAAGAUUAGAUUUUUAUGAGGUAUGAAGAAAAUCCAGAAAAGGGUUCUUGGAAAUUGAAGGUGAAUAUUAGGUUCUUGGCUGCAUUUCUUAAGUAAAUUACUCAAAAGUGUUGGAAAGAUUAGAGUUUUGAGGGAAUAAUAAAUAAAGUACUAUAAGGGGUUUGUUUAUUUAGUUUUUGGAAGUGAAAGAGUGGGGAAGGAGGUUGCUAAUGAUGUUAUUAAGGAUUGGUUUUACGUUUUCUUGUGAUUAUAUGAGUUGAAUAUAUGAGUUGAAUAUAGUGUAGAAUUUGCUUUAUGUUGUAAUGAGCAGAGCAAAACUUGAACUUUUCUGGGAAAUUUUAAGUCUUGGGCUAUUGGAGUGGACAGUAAAGUUGCUAUUUUGGGAAAAAACAAGUUGGUGAAAUGAUAUCUUCAGGGACAAAUUUGGUGAUGACUGUGAUUGGAUUUGCAGUUAGUACCAUGUUCAUAGUAUUUGUGUGCACAAGGCUAAUUUGUGCAAGAAUUCAAUUGAACGCAAGAAGGCGCUCUUUUGCAUAUGCUUCUAGAUCUGAUCUUAGCAUUUUGGAGCGUGGUUUACAUGGUCUCGAGCCUCUUGCUGUUGCCAACUUCCCGACAAAGAAGUACGGCGAUGUGUUUUUUACCUCUGCAGAAGAUGCUCAGUGCAUUGUUUGCCUUGCCGAGUAUCAAGAGCAGGAUGCCUUACGUAUUUUGCCACUAUGUGGGCAUUCUUUCCAUGCAACAUGUAUUGACAUAUGGUUUCAGCAGCACUCCACGUGCCCAGUUUGUCGAAUUUCUCUGCGCGAGACUCCUGAAAAGAAGAGAUUUAUGCAACCGAUGUUUAGUUCAGCUAUCCGAUCUCACUAUGCGAUGGAGUACUCCCUGAAUGUUGCUUCAAACCGCUGUCUAUCAGCUGAGCAGAGGCAUUCUCCAAGAUUACAUGACAGCCUGAGACCGGACUCCACAACAGACGACGCUCAGUGUCCACCCGAGGGUGGUAUGAUGGUUAUCAGAGGGAACAAUGUCAUUUUAAACGAGGAUAGUCAUAACACAAAAAACUCAGAAAACAAGCAAGUUGAGAGCCCGUCAAAUACAUAAGCUUUCAAAUUGGCAGAGAUGGGAAGAUUUCACAAUGUAGGUAUCGUGUUCAUCCCGUUGCUCGGGUUUUGAUUUAAUAGAUAACUUACCGCUCAUAGCCUUUUGUAAAUAUAGUAAGGCAAUGUUUCUUUGAUUAUUAUUUUUACCCUUUAUCUUCUUCCUUCUUUUGAGUACCUCACACUUUGCUAUACUUCAGUUUACAGCUUGAAGGUGGUGGUAGUUUUGUAGAUCCAUUUGUUCAGCUUCCGUGCUGCACAGUAACACUUUACAUAUGAGUGUAGUAGACAAGAUUGUAUCUACAUAUAUAUUCAGUGUUAACCUAUAGAUUCUUAUUUCUUAUGAUGGUUUUGCAAGAAAACUGAACCAGGAAUAUGAGAAAUCACACCCCUUAGUAGAUCAUGUUAUUUUGGGAAAUGCUAAGCUGGUUCAAGAGCAGUGGCCUCACAUGUCCACUAUGGUCAUGGUGGACUUAUCAAGUUACUAAUCCAUGUUUUGUACAGA